AUGGGCGUUCUUCGACAAAAAUGUGUAGCCACUUAUGAAUCUUUUAUAAAUAAUUCCAAUAUUGGAUUUAAUAUUUCAUAUAAUUUCUAUUUAAAACAAAUGAAUAAUGAAAAUGAACUAUAUUUACUUUGUGGUAAUCCAAGUAGAAGUACAAAAUGUCCUAAUGGUUAUGUUGGUUGGAAAGAUCGAGGUGAAAGUUUUGAUAAUUAUGAUUGGGUUUUAUCAGCAGCUGGUCGUUAUCAUUUUUUAUAUUUUCUUUCUGUUAUAUUUUUUGGUUCAUUUUAUUUAAUUGAUUUAAUCUUAGCUAUUGUUUCAAGAUCUUAUCUUGAACAACAAAGUAAAGAUGAAGCUGAAAAUGAACGUCAAUUAGAAAAUGAAAAAGAAUUACUAGAUAUUAAAGGUUGUGGGUGCGGGUGA